AUGGCCAAGUGCUGGGAGCUGCUCCUGCUGCCGCUCCUGAGCGGCUGGGCGCUGGCCGGCGAGCGCUGGCUGGGGGCCGCUGAGGCCCGAACCGUGCCCUACGCCGUGAAACUCUGCGGCCGCGAAUUCAUCCGCGCAGUUAUCUACACGUGCGGCAGCUCCCGCUGGCGGCGCUCCGACCUCCUGGCCCGGGAAGCCACCGGGGAGGUCUUCCCGGGUGCAGGCGCCGACACCGACAGCCUGGCAGGACAGCCGGACGAGGCCUUGAGCUCCAGCGAGUGGCUGGCACUCCCCCAGUCCCCCCAGGCCCUCUCCAGAGGCCGAGCUGGCUGGCAGGAAACCCCCGAGGCCGCCCGGGAGAGCCGUGACAUCCAGGGUGGGCUCUCCAGUUUCUGUUGCAAGUGGGGCUGCACCAAGAGCCAACUCAGCAUCCUAUGCUAG